AUGAAUACGACAUGUAAUCUGGCCAGCAGGCUUGAAGUUCCAUAUGCCACGACUGUUAACCAUUUUUUGCGUUUUACGAUGCAAUACGAAGUUCCAGACACGGUUGAUUCGAUUAUGUUUGCGACCGAGGGGAACGUCGAAGGCCUGAAGCUCCUGUUCACACACGGAUUUGCAUUUCCAAGCGACGAUUUAAUAAUAAUUGGAUCGAGGACCAAAACUAUUAACCGGUCUAUAAAAUUGUUUUGUACCUUUCUUCGGAAAACCUUACGGCCGAGCUUGAAAAAAACCCGAACGCUGUUUACCUCAAAGAUGCCCAAGGCCGAACCGCAUUGGAUUGGGCCAUUGCACGCGUUUAACUGA